CUUAUUUUGUGUUAUCUCUGCUCUCUAAACGAAUGCACUCCACCCGAAGCUAGGAGUAGCUCGGUCGCACCCGUGGUUAUGGGGAUAACCACAUCGCCUCCUCGGAUACCACCCGUCCUUGCGCCCCCCUUCUGAUGCCGCAGCAGGUUAAUGAAUCGGAUCUCUGGCAACAACGCUCGAAACCUCACUCAAAUGAAGAACAACCGGAGUUAGGUGCGCGGAAAUCCUCCUCUUUACGUCGAAACGAAUGACGAGGUCUCUUGACAGGAGGGUAUACAAAUGACUGAGAGCCAGGCGAGCGGGGAGUUGGAGGGCAGCACGCUAGGGAGCAGCUCUCGCGAUGGUGAGCGGCGAAGCCGAGAACAGCGAAGGAGACAGACCUCCGGCGGUUUCUUGCUAGAUUCGGCUUUAUUGCCUAGAGCGAGGCCGUUGAGGACUGACCACUAUCCCGAGUAUGGAUCCGAUUCCUCAAUCAGCGGGAAGCGCAGAGUGCCAGAGCCCAGCCCUGCGGUUCCCAAGAAGAAGUCGCGCUAUGCCUGGAGUCGCCAUAAACAUUCGGCGGAAUUCUCCUCCCCAAUAGCGACGGCAUCUUCAAGGAGUACGGAUCCCCCAGAGGUACUUCCAGGACCAUCAGAAGUCCCGCCAUCUGCGACGUCUACGCACCAAGGCGCCACGGAUGCGAACGAGGGCCUCCCCGGCCUUGAUAAGGACUCCAUACAAAUCGUGAAUUUGGCUUUGAACUUGAAUGAAUCGAGGAAAAAAGGCCACCCUAAUCGUUCGAGUCUCGGUCCAGUUUCAGGCAGUCGAAGGGCGGUGUCUGCUCAAUCUUCGAUGGCAUAUUCACCGAGUUAUGGACAGCACCAGUUUCAGACGCGCAAUAACCUGUCUCGCGCAUAUAUUGGUGAGCGAUCGGGUGCUUUGGACGCUCCAAAUCCUACGUUGAGCCCGGUACCCGGAGCUGUUGAGGGCAAUAUUCAGCCAUACCGGGUGUCAGAUGCCACGCUUCAAAGGGCUGAGAAGGCGCGUGUUCAUUUUGAGUUAUUCUUUGAAUAUUUGCGGUUACUUCCUUCACUCCCUCCUCUACGCCAUCCAUCGCUAGGCACUUCCCAGGAUUCUACUAAAAUGUCGACUGAUGGCGGUCGCGAUGUCCGAGUCUAUAAUCCCCUCCAGUCGAUUCGCAACCGCAAAGUCCGGUUUCGCGAGAAAUGUGCCAUUGAUCCGGACGCAGAUGGGUGGAACGAUGUUGAAAGAGUGCGAAAGUGGGUCGAUGCAGUUACUGACAGAUACGGUCAGCAGGACCAUGAGCCAGUCGAGUGCUUGAAGCUGCCUUCAUAUCUUCAAGGAAAGGCAUGUGCUGUACCAGAGGAACAGGAAAGUAUCGAUACGCUGGCGGUCUCUCCACCAUCAAGUUUAAGACGAGUGAGUCCUGCCAGCAAUGGGAUAAAGCCUCGACGGCCGAGACUCGAUUGGAUGGUCUCUCCCUCAGAGCUCCUAGCUGAUGCUGCAUGGGUUGAGGAAGAUGGCAACAAGGCCAAGGUUGUGGAUAAGGAGGGGAAUAGACUCUACCCUGAUUCCAGAGAACUGGUCUCAGUCGGCGGUAGCCGUGAUAUUUCAAGUUACCAGAAAUGGCAUCGCUCAGGUCAGCAACGUCCCAUGGAAGCAGAAUCAUAUAUUCCUGAAAAAUUGGGUUCCAAAAAUGACCUAGACUUUCUAAGGUCUGGCCGUGGGCGCCCCAGGCACAGGUCGCAGAGCCCGUCAGCGCGAAAGUCCCUCAGCCGUUUGAGAAAGCACAAUCAUUCCAGAUGGUUAAAAUCCAGAGCGCGCUCUACUAGCAGUUCAAGUAUUGCUUCAGAGGGGAGAUAUGCGUCUAAGAGAGAGCGUCUGCGUCUACUCGAUCUUACUACUCAGACUCCCCGACUAAAGGUGUCAAGGGGCGAUAUUGACGAUGCAAAUCUUGCGGCAACACCAGAUUCCGGGCCAUCCUGGUUUCAAUCGAAGGUUGACCGCCGUAAAAUAAGAUUACAUGAGAAAGCAGGCUCCAUCUCGUCUGCGGCAAGUGCGGAUGGCCGAUAUGACUCUCACUUGUCUGCAGAUGCUAUGGAUAACGAGCGAUCCGGUCUCAUUCCUCGUGCUGAUCGCUUUCCAAGCAUUGCAACUGGCUUGUCCCCGCCGUCUAGUCGGUCGUCUUCUCCUUCCAAAAAGCAUUUGCCUCGAGUGAUUCACUCCAUACAUGAACGAAGCAGGAGCAGAUAUCGAGAUAAAGAAUCUCGUACUCAUAUCGACGGCGAAUCCUCUGCAUCUGAAAAUGUCUCAAAGAGAAAAACGGGGCCUAACCGCCCAUCCACGAACUAUCCAGACCUGGUUGAGCCAGAUUCUAUUCCGGACCGUCCUCCCUCGUUCCACACGGAAGAGCAGCGUGUGAAUGAUCCCCCGUGGGCGGAUAGCUCUAAAGGACAGAACAUCCCAUCUCAAUCGGAGUCGAAGCUGCGCGGAAUAUUUAAAGGGAAAGGAAAGAUCGCUGAGAUUGUUGGUAAUGAAGUCUCCAAGGUUGGGGAUUUCUUGAGAAAAGAUAGCACGGCUUUCGGUCGAAAAUUAUCAGGCGUGCCAAGUCUAACUUCGGGCGACGACGGCUUAGAUGAUAAUGAGCGAACGAGGCCUGAAUUGAAUCGCUCCGCUUCAGGCCGUCUCCCAGCGGUCUCUGAGCAGGCUGGCCAUCUGAGUGUUCCUAAUGCGGACAAGCCAUAUCCAAGAAGCUCAACUCCGAACUUGCCAACCUUCAGACAUUCCUCUAGGCAAGCUAGUCGGGUCGAUCUAGAAGAUGUGGUUGAUCCUCUUGACCCUCAUCCACAGAGCGUUUCUUCGGUCGCUGAUGACCCCAGCAACUUGAUAGGAGAAGUAAUGGUCCCUCCAGCGCCGCAACGAAGUCAUCCAGCUGACGAACCACUCGAUGAUGAAAACCGUUAUCUAACCCUGCAAAAAACACGGGGACCGGACACGAGCCAUGGUAAAAACGUGCUUGAGCCCUUCUGCCCGGCCAACCCCCCUGUCACUGGGCUCGCCAAAGCGGAGGCAUCCCAAGGCAAGCGCCCGAAGUUGACGGACGCCUCCCGCAACUGGAGCAUCUCUGGUCGCAGUGUGAGCGUCUCAGCCAAUGUCGGUCUGCCAGAUAGAAAGGAAAUCGAGCGUGUACGGGCGCUUCUUUUAUGUUCGGGAAUUAAAGCCCGCGAGGUAACGCGGCGAGUGGAGGGCUCGCGGUGUCCUCCAGAGUUUCUUCUCAAAAGUCUUGUCAAUCCCACCGCUCCUAUUCCUCGCAUGAGCCGACUGGAGGAGCAUGAAUUCGCUGCUAGGAACUUGGCACAACAUUUGCAGAAGUCGAAAAAUUCGCUUCAGCUGACCAUGGAUCGAUUUUCUGCAGCAACCUGUCCUAGUUUAAAAUCUCAGCUGGAUGAUCUUGAUAACCUGGUUAACCAGUCUCUCAGCCGUCGGGUUCGCGAGGCGGCCGCUGAUGCUGAGGGCUUGAGUGUGCAGCUUAACACUACCACUACCCUUGCGGUAAAGCAACUCAGCGAUGCUCUUGACAAAGCUUUCAAGAGGCGCCGUCGUAGGUUCCAAGGGCUAAGUCGUGUGGGAUUUGUUAUCCUUGAGUGGUCGCUCGUCGCUCUGAUGUGGUGGGCAUGGCUCAUCGUCAUGGUGUUCAAGGUCAUCCGCGGCGUCUUUCGAGGAGCGGUUUCUGGGAUCAGGAUAGCAGUCAUUCUAGCCAAGGUAGGACAUGCCUUGCCCUUCCAUGUCAAGUGA